CCCCGAUUCCUCAAAGACGGUGGCAGCAAGCUGUCCCACCCCAACAGCACAGCCGACUUCUAAGUUGCAGAAAUGGAGGCAAUUGCUCCACACGUCUGUCUCUGUGUGUCUUUUUCUCUUUCCUCCUUCACCGUCUUUUCUGUCUUUCCUUGACUACUUCCCUUACCCGUUCCCUUCCUCUCUAUCACAGCCAGAAAUAGAGACCCUCCUUGGGUGGCUCCAACUUCAUCCCGAUGGGAGGUAGGCAGAGCAAGCAAGUCUAUCAAAACCCCAAACUUGGACAACUGACUUAUUCUCUCCUGAGCCAGGUUUAAAAUACACCCGGCUCCCCUGACCUCCAAACACUAUUCCAAGCCAACCACAACACAACUUGGAGAACUACCCAGGACUAGAGGAGCAGGGGCUGCUUUAGUGCUGCGGGUCUGUCUGUCCCCCUCCUCUUCCCACUACACUGUGUAGGGAAACAGAACUGGGGCCUUUGGGAAUCUGCCAGCUCCCUGGGGAUCUGUUAGCUCUAGGGGUGUCUGGGAACUGCUUCAGAUGCCCUCAUUGGUCCCCGGUCCCUCCUGGUCCCACCCGUGGACACUCCACCCCUGCACUUUGCUUGCAAGUCUCUCUGUCUGACUACCCGUCUGGUGGUGAGUUCCUCCUCCCACCUCUGGAUCCCCCCCCUCAAUCAGUCUCUUGGUCAAAGCCUGUGUUGCCUCUCUCUCAGACCAGUUCAAAGCCCCAGGUAUGAUGGUGUCCCCUGGACCAGGGAGCGACCAUCGGGAGGAGUGCAGGAGCAGAAAACCCUCUGCUUCUCGACACUUCUCCAGCUCUGAGCUGGGAACUGCGGGAGGAAGAGAUGAAGGGGGGUGGGGUGAGCCUGCUGAAGCGGCCCCGGUGGGCCGGGCUGGGCCGGGCUGGGCUGGGCUGGGCUGACCCCUCCCCGGUCAGGGGCGGGACCCCAGGGGAAGCCGGGGAGCAGAGCCGCUGGGGAGCAUCCGACGGGGGAGAGGCGCUAUGGCAGGAACGAAUCUCGGGGCCCGCUUCUACAGGCGGAUCAAGAGACAUCCCGCGCUGGGACAGAAAGAACAACCCAGAGCCCUGGAACCGCCUGAGCCCCAAUGACCAAUACAAGUUUCUUGCAGUUUCCACUGACUAUAAGAAGCUGAAGAAGGACCGGCCGGACUUCUGAGCUGGCUGGGGUGCCAGCGAGAAGUAAACCGCUGUCAGCCAGCCGACUCAUUUCUUCCACUCUCUGCCCCUGCCCCCAGUGCGCCACUCUAGCCACCCUGUCCAGCUGCUGCUUACACAGGCUUGGUUCCCACAGGAGGGGAGACGGCUCCCCACCCCCUUCCCUUGCUCCCGCAGCGGAAGCACCUCUGACCCUCAGCUUGAGUCCCACGCGGGGGAGGAGUCAGGAGGGCAGGCAGUGUGUUGACCAGAAAGUCUCCAACCAGCCCCUCUACCCGGGCCUUGCAGGGUGUGGCUCAGGCUACGUGUUGAGCGUGGCCAACGUGAGCCAAGAGCAAGCGGAGGCCUCUCAGUGCCAAGUGACGUGGCGGGCCCCACGUUAGCCCAGGCUCUGGGCGCCAGCGCAGGGCGGUGCUGCUCUGGCUCGACGGGGCUCGUCGCCUGCCGCCCAGCCGGCCCUGGGUGAGGCACCUUCGCCCGGGGAAACACGGCGAACUCCUUCCUGUGCCCAAGCCCACGGCUUCCCGAGCCAACAGGCAUCCUCUUUGGCAGCCUUGCACCUGGGCCUCCCCCUGCCAUCCUGCCCCUCCCUGGCUCCCCUCAGUCCCCUGGGAUCAAACAGAAGCAGCCGUGGGCAAAAUACAAUUUCAUUUAACAAAUUGAAUUUG